UUAUGUCUCAUUUCUUUCUGCUUUCAAUAUUGACUUCAUAGAUGUUUAAUUUUCUUCAUUUUUUAUGUUAAUGUUUACUCAGUUUUGACAUGAUUUAAUAGCCUAUUACACAUAUACCAGUUCAGUUUUUCCAUUAUACACUUCAGGAUGUUCUCAGAUUUUAAUUUCUUGGCUGAAGUACAAUACAGUAGACGCAGAUUUCCUGUUUCUGACCGCAUUGUGGGCUGAGAGAAGAAAAAAGGGCGGCUGUUAAGAUCAAUGUGGUGACACCAGCAACAGAACUGUAUAUAUUGCUAACCUGACUCGGGCUGAUGGAUCAGUGAAUGGUCACUGAAGAUUUUUCCUUAUCCGGGAGGCUGCCGCUGCAUUCCUCAUCAUGCUCGCUGGCCACAGGAGGCAGCCCAGUAUUGAGCUGCUGGAAUUAAUGGGAGUGGUAAAAGAGAACGGCAAUGAACAGACAUCCCUUCCUCCUGUGCUCACACCACUGUCCUACGACUACAUCCUGGUCGCCAAAAUGGUGGAUAACCAGGAGCGACAGGUUUUCAAGAAACAAAUUGAAUACAUCGAUGAGCUGAAGAAGAAGAACUUUAAAGUGACAAAAAUUAUUGAUGAUGAUCUCGUCUUCUAUGGGAUUCAAGCACCUAAAGAAACAUUUGAGAAGUACAGGUACCUGCUCAAAGUGUCUGAUGCCUGUAACUGGAGCUCAGAUCAGAACAUUGUGCCUUUCAGUACAAGGAUAAGGAUUGUUCACUUCAUCUUAAAUCACACCCCUAUCCGUUCAGGAGAAAGCCUACGGGAUCUCAUGAAGAUGAAGGUUUUUGAGGCAAGGUUCUGCUUACAUGAGAAAAGGAAACAGAAAGAGCUAAAGGAGAGCUGGGCACGAUGGACAGCCUGUCUCCAAGGGCAACCCAUAAAUGCUGUCAGGGACUACUUUGGGGAGAAGGUGGCAUUGUACUACCUGUGGUUGGGCUGGUACACUUAUCUCCUCAUCCCGCCUGCUCUCAUAGGGAUCUUUGUCUUUCUCUAUGGUCUCAGCUUCUUCAACACCUCACCCCUCAUAAAAGAGGUUUGUGAGUCUGACACAGUCAUGUGUCCACUUUGUGACAAUUCUUGCAAAGUGUGGAACCUCUCAGAGACUUGCACAUAUGCCAAGGUGACCCUACUGUUCGACAAUCAUGGAACAGUGUUCUUUGCCAUGUUCAUGGCAAUAUGGGCAACACUGUUUUUGGAGUUUUGGAAGAGACACCGGGCUGCUUAUGUGUGCCAAUGGAAAGUUUCUGACUGGAGUGAGGAAGAGGAGGAACUGAUCCUGGAAAUAGUGAACAAUGGCAACUGUGAGCCAAAAGCUUUCAAGCACUCCUACCUGCACAGCACUGUGGUUUUGAUCUGUGUCACAGCUAUGAUACUGGUGAUCAUUGGCCUGACACAUGCCUUAGUGGUGUUCAGGGUGAUCAUGGCGGGAGUUUUUGCUCAGGAAUCAUGGGAAUUUCUGAGCAACCACUCCAACAUAGGAGCAAUGAUGCUGGGAGCUGUUCUCCAUUACGUCAUCAUCACUGUCAUGACAAGGGUCAACAAGAUUGUAGCCAUGAAGCUCUGUGGAAUAGAGAAAACAAGGUCAUUUGCUGCAACAGAGAAGAGUUUCACUGUGAAGAUGUUCACCUUCCAGUUCUUCACGUACUUCUCCUCACUCUUCUAUGUGGCCUUCUUUCUUGGCAGGAUAAAUGGUCAUCCAGGUGAAUAUGUGCGAAUUGCAGGAAAAUGGAGGCUUGAGGAAUGUCACCCUAGCGGAUGCCUUACGGAUCUGUUCAUCCAAAUGACCAUUAUAAUGGUACUUAAGCAGACCGUCAACAAUGUGUUUGAGUUCACUGGCCCUUGGUUCCGCAGGUUUCUGAAAAGAAAAAGAACCAACAAGCUACAGAGGAAAUGUGCUCACUGCUAUUUGAAAGAUGAGUCACAGGCCAAAGAUGGAGCUGAACUAUGUGAGAACUGCAAGCUUAGAGACUGGCACAACAACUACGAACUCAAAGAUGUUGAUUCUUUCAGCCUGUUUGGCGAGUUUUUAGAGAUGGUGAUCCAGUUCAGCUUUACCACCAUAUUUGUGGCAGCAUUUCCUCUUGCCCCUUUGCUGGCCCUAAUUAAUAAUGUCAUUGAGAUCCGCUUGGAUGCCAUUAAGAUGGUGACUCUGGAGCGCAGAAUGGUUCCUAAGAAAACCAAUGAUAUUGGUGUGUGGAUAGACAUUUUGGAGGCUAUCGGUGUCUUAGCUGUCAUUGCAAAUGGGCUGGUGAUUGGUGUAUCCUCAGACUUCAUCCCACGACUGGUGUAUCUUUAUCUCUACGGGCCCUGUGCCACUAAUGGCACAACACAUACUGACUGCAUGGCUGGCUACAUUAACAACACUUUGUCCAUUGCAUCAAUGGAUAACGACAGAGUGACGUUUUUACCAAACCAGAUGGUCACUUCUGAUGGCUUAAAUGUCACUUCAUGCAGCUAUAAAGACUACAGGAACAGUGAUUACAGUUUUACCCCACAGUUCUGGCUGAUUUUAGCUAUGCGCUUUGCAUUUGUCAUCCUCUUUGAGCAUGUUGUCGUCAUAUUCAAAUUCAUUGCAGCUUGGUUUGUACCAGGCACCCCCAUGCAGGUGAAGAAUGAUAAACUUUUUGAUAAACUCAACAGACUAAAAGAGGAACUUAGGUCUUUUGAAGCAUGACAACAUUCAUUCAUUUAAAUGGGACAUAUAUUUUACCCUAAAAACAUUCAACCCAGUGUUGCCUUGUGCAUUUAAAUGUUCACAUUAUCUCAGCGUUGGGACAGCCUGAAGGCUAUUAAUCAUCUCCCUGAAGAGUUCACAUGGAAGGUCAUGGGUCGGUUUUAUUGUUUGCUGUCAAAGGUGCUGGUUAUUUGGAUUUACACCUGUAACAUCGACUUUGACAACAAGCAUUUUUUUUUCUGUGUGUGUUUGUUUACGGUAGACUGAUAUUACUGAUCACACUUUUAAUGAUUGUAUUGCCCUUCUAUUACUGAGAAUGCACCGAGAGCUUAGUGUUGGAACUGUAUUUGUGAGCCAUUUGUGAGUGUUUUACUAAAAGCCUAAAGAUAAUUUAUAUUGCUAUUACAAAUAGAGUGCUAAUUGUGUUAUGAUAUUGUGUUGCUUUUUUUUUUGUUUGUUUUAUUACAGACAUACCCUGAUGGUGUGUUUUGUAAAUCAGACUGUUUUGCAUUAUAUUUUGUAUAUGAAUACAAUUUUAAAAAUGCCCCAAUAUUUUUUUUUCAGAAUUUGUUCAGCUACGUCUUAGUUGAACUUUUAAAUUAACCAAGUUAUAAAUUCGAAAGUGUGGAUUUUAUAUUUGAUUGUUUGAUGAUGCUUAGGUGUGUUUGAAUGUGUUAUGCCCACAUGCCAACCUUGAAAGUGUGAGUGUUUUUCUAAAACAUGAUUUUUUUUUUUUUUUUUUUUUUUUUUUUAAUGUUAAUACCAAUAAUACCAAUUACAUAUAUACACAUAACA